AUAUAGGGGGAGCGGCCGUGUCCCGCGGCCCCUGGCUUUGCACCUUCCCUUCCUGGAGGCGGCCUCACGUGCCAGCGGCCUCAGUCCGGGCUUGGGAGCCCACACGGACACGAGAGACCUCCCGGGGAGUCCGGCCCGCUCCGCGGCAGGAGCUCACACGCGGUGACAGGUGGCCGGCACCAGGGCCGUGGCUCUCGUCAUGCCGCGGGGUCUCGCAGCGUUCCUUCUCGGGCUGCUCGUGGCCGGCGUGGGCUCCCCACCUGAAGCGGCAGGACAGGCAAAUAGAUGCGAUAAGAAAUCUCUGCUUACCAUUAGGACCGAGUGCCAAUCCUGCUCACUCAACUUGGGAAUUAACUGCCCAGACGGCUACACCAAAGUUACCAAUGGCUCCAUGGGGGUCCGAGACUGCAGGUACGCCUUCGAUAUCAGGAAGUACUCGCUGUAUCUCCCCGGAUGCCGCCAUAUCUGUAGGAAGGACCACGUCCAACCUCAGUGCUGUCCAGGCCACUGGGGCCCCAACUGCAUGGAGUGUCCAGGAGGAGCGAGAUCCCCCUGCAGCGGCAGGGGCAGCUGUGCAGAAGGCAUGGAAGGAAACGGAAGGUGCUCUUGCCAGGAUGGGUUUGGGGGAACGGCCUGCGAAGCCUGCGCUCAUGACAACUUAUUCGGACCCAACUGUUCAGCAGUGUGCAGCUGUGUGCAUGGAGUGUGCAACAGUGGGAUAGAUGGUGAUGGAAGCUGCGAGUGCUACUCUGCGUACACUGGCUCCCACUGCGACCAACCCAUCCCUGAAUGUGCAGACCUGCUCUGCCCAGAAAAUUCCAGAUGCUCACCUUCCAGCCAAGAUGAAACGAAACUGGAAUGCAAAUGCCUUCCCAAUUACCAAGGCGAUGGCCACUACUGCAAGCCCAUCAAUCCAUGUUUACAAGCAGUCUGCCACCCUCACGCACGUUGCACGUACCUGGGACCGAAUAGGCACAGUUGCACAUGCCAAGAAGGCUACCAUGGGGAUGGCCAGGUGUGCUUACCAGUAGACCACUGCCAGACUAACUACGGAAACUGCUCUACAGAGUCUACAGUGUGCAUAUAUGACGGGCCUGGACAGUCUCACUGUGAGUGUAAGGAACAUUACCACAAUUACAUGCCUGGAGUGGGGUGCAGCAUGGCCGAUGUCUGUGAGUCUAAGAACCCCUGUCACAGGAAUGCUAACUGCAGUACCAUCGCACCGGGCCAACCCAAAUGCACUUGCCAGAAGGGUUACGUGGGUGACGGCUCAACUUGUUACGGAAACAUCAUGGAGCAACUGAGGGAAUUAAACACUGAACCCAAAGGAAAAUGGCAAGGAAGGUUGACCUCUUUCAUCUCACUCCUGGACAAAACCUAUGCCUGGCCGCUAACUAACCUGGGACCCUUCACUGUGCUCUUGCCCACAGACAAGGGACUGAAAGGAUUCAAUGUAGAAGAUCUCUUGGUGGAUAAGAAGGCUGCUCAGUACUUUGUGAAACUCCACAUAAUUGCUGGGCAGAUGAGCACCGAGCGUAUGAAUAACACAGACACUUUCUACACCCUGACUGGGAAGUCAGGAGAAAUCUUCAAUGGCGAUAAGGACAAUCAAAUAAAGCUUAAACUCAGUGGAGGCAAAAAGAAGGUAAAAAUUAUACAGGGGGACAUAGUUGCUUCCAAUGGGCUCCUGCACAUCCUUGACAGAGCCAUGGACCAGAUGGCACCCACAUUUGAGAGCAACACUGAGCAAACCAUAAUGACAAUGCUGCAACUAAAAUACAGCAAGUUCAGAUCUUUGUUAGAGGAAACCAAUGUGGGACGUGUCUUAGAAGAAGAUGGGGCUGGCACACCAUACACCAUUUUUGUUCCAAGUAAUGAAGCCUUGGACAAUAUGAAGGAUGGCACUCUUGAUUACCUCCUUUCUCCAGAGGGAUCCCGGAAGCUUCUGGAACUCGUCAGAUACCACAUUAUCCCACUUACUCAGCUUGAGGUGGCGACCCUCAUUCUGGCCCCACACAUUAGGAGCCUGGCCAACCAGUUCAUCCAGUUCAACACCACAAGCAAUGGCCAGAUCCUGGCGAAUGAUGUGGCCGUGGAAGACACCGAGGUCAUUGCCCAAAACGGCCGCAUCUACACCCUGAGCGGUGUCCUCGUUCCUCCCUCCAUCAUGCCCAUUCUGCCCCACCGAUGUGAUGAAAGCAAGAGAGAGAUGAAGCUGGGCACCUGUGUGAGCUGCUCCCUGGUGUACUGGAGCAAAUGUCCUGCUAACGCUGAGCCCACAGCGCUUUUCACACACAGAUGUGUCUACACCAGCAGAGUAAGGAGCCUGAAGACGGGCUGUGCCCGAUACUGCAACACCACAGUGCAGAUCCCCAGGUGCUGCCAAGGCUUCUACGGGCCUGACUGUACUCCGUGUCCAGGAGGCUUCUCAAAUCCCUGCUCAGGGAAUGGCCAGUGCGCCGACGGCCUCAACGGCAACGGGACGUGCCUUUGUCAGGCCGGCUUCCGAGGCUCCCAGUGCCAGUUCUGCUCUGAUCCCAACAAGUUCGGACCUCGCUGUGACCAAAAGUGUCUGUGCCUGUUGGGGACAUGCGAUAGCAGGAUCGACAGCGAUGGUGCCUGCCUGGCCGGCACCUGCCGCGGAGGCUCUGCUGGGAGGUUCUGCCACAAGCACACAUCUGCCUGUGGGCCCGAUGCACAGUCAUGUCACAUCCACGCCACCUGUGAAUACAACAAUGGGACAGCCAGCUGUGUUUGCAAAGAGGGCUACGAAGGGGAUGGAGGUUUCUGUUCAGAAGUGGACCCUUGCACAGGAUUCGCGUCAGGGCGCUGUAGCCGAAAUGCGGAGUGCGUCAGAACCGGCACAGGGACCCACACAUGCGUGUGCCAGCAGGGAUGGACUGGGGACGGCAGGGACUGCUGGGCCAUUGACAACUGCCUGCUGCCCGGGACCGGCGGCUGCCACGUCAACGCCACCUGCUUGUACGUAGGCCCCGGCCAGAAUGAGUGUGAGUGCAAGGAAGGAUUCCGAGGAAAUGGGAUUGAUUGUGAAGCAGUAACAUCGUGCUUGGAACAAACUGGACAAUGUCACCCGCUAGCAACCUGUCAGCUUAUAUCGUCGGGCCUCUGGAGCUGUGUGUGCCCGGAGGGCUACGAGGGCGAUGGGCUCCUGUGCUAUGGAAAUGCUGCGGUGGAGCUGUCAUUUCUGUCCGCCGCAGCCCCGUUUAACCAGUGGAUAAAUGAUGCCUCUCUGCAACCCCUGCUGUCGGCUGCCGCCAACCUCACCGUCCUUGUGCCUUCCCAGCAAGCCAUUGCAGACAUGGACCAUGAUGAGAAAACCUUCUGGCUGUCCAAGAGCCACAUGCCAGCCCUCGUAAAAUACCACAUGCUGCGGGGCACCUACGGACUGGCCGACCUGCAGGCCCUGUCACCCUUGGACAGGUUGGCCACAGCUUUGCCGGGCAGCUUUCUUCAUGUGGCGAAGGCGGACGGGAAUAUCACAAUUGAAGGAGCAGCUAUCAUUGAUGGUGACAAUGCAGCCACGAACGGCGUGAUACACGUCAUCAGCAAGGUGCUGAUUCCCCGAAGAAGUCUGACUGGCCCCUUACCGAGCCUGCUGGCGCGGCUGGACCAGAUGCCCGACUACUCAACCUUCCGGGCCUCCAUCACCCAGCACAGCCUGGCCGGUGCCAUCGAGGCAGCCGGGGCCUACACAGUGUUCGCUCCCAGCAACCGUGCCGUGGAGAAGUACCUCCAGGAGAGGAAGGCCGCCACCCUAGAGGAGGACGUACUCAGGUACCACGUGGUCCUGGAAGAGAAGCUGCUGAGGAAUGACCUGCACAGUGGCAUGCACCGGGAGACCAUGCUGGGCUUCCCCUACCUACUUGGCUUCUUUCUCCAGGAUGGCCAGCUGUAUGUAAACGAGGCUCCAAUAAAUUACACCAACGCAGCCACUGACAAGGGAGUGAUCCACGGUUUGGGGAAAGUUCUGGAAAUUCAGAAGAACAGGUGUGUCAGUAACGACACUACUAUUGUGCGAGGAAAAUGUGGGAAGUGUUUCCAGCAACCCAUCUGCCCAGCUGGAACUAAACCACUGGGCAAAGAGAUAAAGAGAUGUAUCUACACCAUCUAUUUCAUGGGCAAGCGAUCCCUGUUCAUUGGGUGCCAGGCAAAAUGUGUGAAGACCAUCAUUACCCGAGAGUGCUGUGCCGGCUUCUAUGGCCCCCAAUGCCAGCCCUGCCCUGGGGAAGCGGGAAACGUGUGCUUCGGGAACGGGAUCUGCUUGGACGGCGUGAACGGCACAGGCGCCUGCGAGUGUGGACCGGGCUUCGCGGGCACGGCCUGUGAAACCUGCACCCCUGGCGCCUAUGGGGCCCACUGCGACCAAGUGUGUUCUUGUGUCCACGGGAGAUGCAGCCAAGGACCCUCAGGUGACGGCUCCUGUGACUGUGAUGCUGGCUGGCGAGGAGUGAAAUGUGACACCGAGGUGACAGAAGACGACUGCCGUGGGACAUGCCACACUAGUGCCAACUGCCUCCUCAAUGCCAACGGCACAGCCUCCUGCAGAUGUGCAGCAGGAUUCCAAGGGAAUGGGACCGUGUGCACAGCCAUCAACGCCUGCGAGACCAGCAACGGGGGCUGCUCCUCGGAGGCCGACUGCAGGAGAACCACACCGGGAGGCCGGCGCUGCGUGUGCCGCGCAGGCUACACGGGUGACGGUGUCGUGUGCCUCGAGAUUAACCCGUGUUUGGAGAACAACGGUGGCUGUCACAGGAAUGCAGAGUGCACGCAGACGGGACCCAACCAGGCAGUCUGUAACUGUUUGCCCAAAUACACCGGAGACGGGAAGGUCUGCACGCUCAUCAACACCUGCCUUACGAAAAAUGGUGGCUGUAGUGAAUUUGCCGUGUGCAACCACACGGGGCGAGAAGAAAGGACGUGCACCUGCAAGCCCAACUACAUCGGGGAUGGGUUCACCUGCCGUGGCAACAUCUACCAGGAGCUUCCCAAGAACCCAAAAACGUCACAGUAUUUCUUCCAGCUGCUGGAACAUUCUGUCCGAGACCUGAGCGGCCCAGGCCCCUUCACCGUCUUCGCACCUUUAUCCACAGCCUUCGAUGAGGAGCCUCGGGUCAGAGACUGGGACAGGCAGGGCCUUAUGCCCCAGGUACUGCGCUACCACGUGGUCGCCUGCCAACAGCUGCUCCUGGAGAACCUGCGGCUGACCCCGAAUGCUACAUCUCUGCAAGGGGAGCGCAUCGUCAUCUCUGUGUCUCAGGACACGGUGUACAUAAAUAAUCAGGCAAGGAUCGUGGCCAGUGACCUCAUCAACACCAACGGAAUCAUCCACAUCAUAGACAGACUGCUGUCCCCCCAGAACUUGCUGGUCACCCCCAAGGAUGCCUCCGGGAGGGUUCUGCAAAACCUGACGACAGUGGCGGUAAACCACGGCUACACCAAGUUCAGCAGCUUGCUGCAGGACCUGGGCUUGCUAGGCAUCAUCACCGACCCUAUCCACACUCCAGUCACUCUCUUCUGGCCCAGUGACCGAGCCCUGGAAGCCCUGCCCCCUGAACAACAGGAUUUCCUGUUCAACCAAGACAACAAGGACAAGCUCAAGGAGUAUCUGAAGUUCCAUGUGAUUCGAGAUUCCAAGAUCUUGGCAGCGGAGCUCCCCAGGGCCACUGCCUGGAAGACACUGCAGGGCUCAGAGUUGAGUGUGAAGUGUGGAGCCGGUGGUGACAUCGGUGACCUCUUCCUGAAUGACCAACCAUGCAGAAUUGUACAACGAGAACUGCUGUUUGACGCGGGAGUGGCCUACGGCAUAGACUGCCUCAUGGUCAGUGCCACCCUCGGCGGCCGCUGUGACACCUUCGCCACAUACAACUUCUCGGGAGAUUGUUGGAGCUGUGCCAAUACGCCCAGCUGCCCGAGGUGGAGCAAACCAAAGGGCGUGAAGCAGAAGUGUCGCUACAACCUGUCGUUCCGGGGUUCCCUGGACGGCUGCCGGGAGCAGUGCACCAUGGUGAUCCGGCUCCCCAGGUGCUGCAAGGGCUACUAUGGCCGGGACUGCCAGGCCUGCCCUGGAGGCGCCGAAGCUCCCUGCAACAACCGUGGCGUCUGCCUGGAUCAGUACUCAGGCAUAGGGCAGUGUAGAUGCAACACGGGCUUCAACGGGACGGCAUGCGAGCUGUGCCUGCCGCGGAGGUUCGGGCCUGACUGCCAGCCCUGCCGCUGCUCUGACCACGGACAGUGUGACGACGGCCCCACGGGCUCCGGGCGCUGCUUCUGCGAGGCGGGCUGGACAGGCCGCUUCUGCGACACCCAGACAGCUGUGCCUCCAGCAUGCAUGCCUCCUUGCUCUGCUCAUGCCACCUGCAGGGAAAACAACACGUGUGAGUGUAACCUGAAUUACGAAGGGGACGGAAUAACGUGCACAGCUGUGAACUUCUGCAGACAGAACAAUGGGGGCUGUGCCACGGUGGCCCAGUGUUCCCAGAAGGGCACAGAGGUGUCCUGCAGCUGUCAGAAAGGCUACAGAGGGGAUGGCCGCAGCUGCACAGAGAUAGACCCCUGCGCUGACGGCCUCAACGGUGGGUGUCACGAGCAUGCCACCUGCAGGAUGACCGGCCCGGGCAAGCACAAGUGCGAAUGUAAGAGUCACUACGUGGGAGACGGGAUGGAUUGCGAGCCAGAACAGCUGCCCCUCGACCGCUGUCUGCAGGACAACGGGCAGUGUCACGCAGAUGCCAACUGUGCUGACCUCCACUUCCAGGAUGCCACCGUUGGCGUGUUCCACCUCCGCUCCCCACUGGGCCAGUACAAGCUCACCUUUGACAAAGCCAGAGAGGCCUGUGCCAACGAGGCUGCAAGCAUGGCAACUUACAACCAGCUCUCCUACGCCCAGAAGGGUUGGUGUGAGGGUUACAGACGCGGACAUAGGAAAAGCCCUUACACCAGAACUUCACCCAGAGCCAGGUACCACCUGUGCUCAGCAGGCUGGCUGGAGAGUGGGCGGGUGGCCUACCCCACAGCCUACGCUUCCCAGAAUUGUGGCUCUGGCGUCGUUGGAAUCAUUGACUAUGGACAAAGGAACAACAAAAGUGAAACGUGGGAUGUCUUCUGCUAUCGGAUGAAAGACGUGAACUGCACCUGCAAGGCGGGCUACGUGGGAGACGGCUUCUCGUGCAGUGGGAAUCUGCUGCAGGUCCUGACAUCCUUCCCCUCGCUGACCAACUUCCUCAUGGACGUGCUGGCCUAUUCCAACAGCUCAGCCAGGGGCCGGGCGUUCCUAAAACUCCUGACAGACCCGUCCCUCCGCAGCACCCUGUUCGCCCCUCACAACAGCGGGCUGGGGGGAAACCAGUCGCUGUCUGGGCGGGACAUUGAGCACCAUCUUGCCAACAUCAGCAUGUUUUUCUACAACGACCUUGUCAACGGUACCGUCCUGCAGACCAAGCUGGGAAGCCAGCUGCUCAUCACCUCCCGCCGCGACCAGCAACAACCGGAGACCAGGUUUGUGGAUGGGAGAGCCAUUCUGCAGUGGGACGUCUUUGCCUCCAACGGGAUCAUUCAUGUCAUUUCCAGGCCCUUAAAAGCACCCCCCACUCCACUGCCACCGGCCCACGCCGCAGGGACAGGGAUCGUCUUUGCCACCAUCCUGGUCCUCGGAGCCGCUGCUUCAGCUGCAUAUUCCUACUUUCGACUGAACCGGAGAAGAGCGGGUUUUCAGCACUUUGAGUCGGAGGAGGAUAUAGACGUCUCGGCUCUCGGCAGCCAGCGGCCUGAGAACAUACCCAACCCCUUGUACGAGAGCACCGCCCCCACAGCCCCAGAACCUUCCUGUGACCGCUGUAUGGAUGCUGAAGGCCAGCAGCGGGACAGCAGGGACCCCCUGGGGGCACUGUGAGGGCCCUGCCCUGCCCACCUGCCCCGGACACCCACCUGCCCCGACUGCCCACCUGCCCUUGGCCGCCCGCCUGCUCUCAGCCGCCCGCCUGCCCAAACUGCCCAAGCCACCCUGCCUCCUCCAACAGCCCGUCACCAUGCAUCUUCAGCACCAGCUGCCCUUUGGAAUGUCAGGUCCUUUAACACUUCAAAUAUGAAGCACUCAAGCAUACCUCAUCUGUUUGGUGAAUCUAGGGGUUAUCUCAUUUCUGUGGGUGACAGACCAGGUUAAAUCCACCCACCUAUCCAGGGGGCCCAACUCUCUGCUGUCCCUUUGUACCCUCAGAUGGCACUUAACUAUGUCCUCCCAGCACUAACCAUGACCUUGCCUCCCCUCCCUGUUAGACCAUAAGCAUCCGAAGGCCGAGGUCUGCCCCCGUGCCCCCUGUGUCUCAGGGUCCAGCACACACACGGUGCUCAAUAAAUGUUUAUGAAAGAGAAUGAA